AUGCACUUUCAACAAUUGGUGGCCUAUUGGCCACUGUUGCUUGGAUUGAGCCAAGCAGCAGACCAGCACUCUCAAUUUGAUGUCCUCAACUACAUCGACCCGUUAAUCGGAACCGCCAACGGAGGCCACGUCUUCCCCGGCGCAAGUCUCCCCUAUGGCAUGGCAAAGAGUGUCGCAGAUGGCAACAAAGAGAUUCAAGGAGGAUAUGCCUCCAAUGAUGGGUUGAUCACCGGGUUCUCGCACAUGCACGACAGUGGCACGGGUGGUGGUGCGUCUCUGGGCAACUUCCCUCUUUUUGCCCAGACCGGCUGUCUCAACGACGACAUUAAUCAAUGCUACUUUCCUUCGGCUUUGCGAGCGUCCGAAAAGAUAAACAGCACAGUUGUGGCAAAGCCAGGCUAUUUUGCUCUACAGCUCAACACCUCCGUCAAGGCUGAGAUGACCGUCACCAACCACACGGCCCUCUACAGAUUCUCCUUCCCCACUGACGGCACCCCGACCAAGCUCCCUGCGGACGGAAAGACGCCCUACAGCCCGCUCAUCUUGGCCGACUUGGCCGAUCUUUCUGGUUCUCGAAGUGCUGCAGUCAUCUCGGUCGAUGCCCACACUGGUCGCAUCUCGGGCAACGGCACCUUUAGGCCCUCGUUCGGCAUCGGCACUUACAACGCCUAUUUCUGCACGGAUUUCAAGGGAGCAAAACUCCGCAAUACGGGCAUUUUUGUCAACAACCGAGCAGGCAGCGACCACAAGAGCUUCCGUGCCUACGAUGAUGGACAAAGCCCGAUUCUGCCAGCGGGUGCCUGGGCUCAGUUCCAUCCGCCUGCCAACAACCAGAUUCUGGCUCGCGUUGGGCUCUCGUUCAUCAGCACUGCUCAAGCCUGCCAGAAUGCCGAGAAGGAAAUCCCCGACUUCGACUUUGAGGCCGUCAGGUCCGAUGCAGAGGAUGCAUGGCGCAAGAAGCUCAGUGUCAUUAAGGUUGACAACACGGGUGUGAGCGACUCGCUUCAGCGAACAUUCUGGAGUGGCAUCUAUCGCACUCUGCUUUCCCCUCAGGAUUAUACCGGCGAGAAUCCCCUGUGGAAGAGCGACGAACCUUACUUUGACUCGUACUAUUGCAUCUGGGACAGCUUUCGAAGCACACAUCCCCUGCUCACCCUGGUUGAUCCCCAUGCUCAGGCUUUAAUGGUCCGCAGCCUCAUUGACAUCUACCGCCAUGAGGGCAAGCUUCCAGAUUGCCGCAUGUCGCUUUGCAAGGGUUUUACUCAGGGCGGCAGCAAUGCUGACAAUUUAUUGGCGGAUUCAUAUCUCAAGGGUUUGAAGGACGGUAUUGACUGGGAUACGGGUUACAAGGCAGUGGUAUCUGAUGCUGAAGAGGAGGGCCAGAUUUGGACGGUCGAAGGCCGUGGAGGCUUGCAGAGCUGGAAACAGCUGGGCUACAUCCCAACAGACGACUGGGAUCCCAAUGGCUAUGGUCUCUUCACUCGAUCUAUCUCCAGGACCAUCGAAUACUCGUACAAUGACUUUUGCAUUGCCGAGAUGGCCCGUGACCUCGGAAAGCACGCCGAUGCUGAAAAGUAUCUGAAGCGCUCGAGCAACUGGAAGCACAUGUUUGAUCCGCACUCGAAGUCCAAGCUGAACUUGACUGGAACCCAAGACUAUAACCAGUUCACGGACAGUGGAUUCACCGGCUUCUUGCAACCUCGGUAUCUCAAUGGCACCUUUGGCUUCCAGGAGCCGGCAAUCUGUACUGAUUUGUACAACUUUGAGGGCUGCUACCUCAAUCCCGGUGGCCAUGAGACGUACGAAGCUGGCUCGUGGCUCUACACCUUCUACGUGCCUCAUGAUCAGGCAACGCUCAUUACUACGCUUGGCGGCCCUGACGAGUUCGUCCGCCGGCUCAGAUAUAUGCACGACACGCCUGGCUUGUUCUACAUAGGUGAUGAGCAAGCUUAUCUUCUUCUAUUCAUCUUCCACUAUGCUGGAAGACCUGGCCUCUCUGCCGAAUACGCACACAAAUAUAUUCCAAGUGCCUUUAACGACACGGCAAGUGGACUUCCAGGAAACGAUGACUCGGGUGCCAUGGGCAGCUUCACGGCCCUCACCAUGUUGGGCUUGUACCCCAUGAGCGGACAAGACGUCUAUAUCAUCAUUCCACCCUUUUUCUCGGAGGUCAAAUUCACUGAUCCACGGACUGGAAAGACGGCUGUCAUUCGAAACAUCAACUUUGAUGCUGAUUACAAAAACAUUUACAUCCAGAGUGCCAAACUGAAUGGCAAGCCGUAUACUAAGGGAUGGGUGACGCACAGCUUCUUUGCUGACGGUGGAGAGUUGGAACUGACUCUGGGACCUAAGGAAAACACUAAGUUUGGAACCUCUAAGAAGGAUUUCCCACCGAGUGCGUCGACGGACUUUUGGAAAUGA